AUGGUCUGUACUGUCGAGGUCAUCCUCCUCAAUCUAUGCGGGUCUCUGAGUAUGACGUGCAGCAAGAUUAUGGUCAUCGUGUCAAGCUUCAUAUUGGAUGAGUUCAAGUACAAGGAGACGUAUGAGACCAGGUAUUGGAGAAGUACGAGUCGAGUACAAGUGGGGAGACGUAUCAGAGACAGAUCGCCUGAAGUGAAUGGUUCGCCUUACUGGUCUGUCUGGCUUCUGCGCGAGCAGCACCAUAUCGUCAACAUCGACGCAUACCAAUGCGGCUUGGAGUGCUAUAUGCACGCGCUUGCGAACCCGCCCGCGAACAAGUCUUCUUCUCUUAGGGGACUCCUCGCUUUUACCGCCAGCAAUGUUUCUCACUGGAACGACGGCCAGGGAUCGGAUCUUAUAUUUGCGGUGUCCACACAUCCAUAUGUCCCACUAGCAGAACUCAUGGAUGCCCUGAUAUUUGUCAGUUAUGUAAUGUUGGACCUUAAGGCGCGUGGUGAAGCUUUGGCAUAUGGGCUGAACCUCGUAUUGAACGCGCUGUAUUUGCGAGAAGGCAAGUUGGAUCCCAUAACUUCUGCGAUACUUACCGAGUUAAGUUUGGACGAUGAUAUUAUACUCCUGAUCGUCGAUAACAACGCAGAUCCUAAACAAAUAGGGGUGGUGUUGGAACAACUACUCCCAUCUUUCAAAGUCAAAUCCGUAAAAUAUGUUGUCAAGCGUCGGAUAUGCAGAUUCCCUGUCAUCGUUGCGCUCCCUGGAGACAGUUCUCAACGUCCCUCUCGCAAGAGGCAUGCUUGUGCCUCCUAUCUUCCGCGGGCCUCGGCGGCAUUUGUUAUGCGUGAUAUAUCCAAACCUGCGAAAGCACGGAGAAGCACCUUGUCCCGUUCCUAUGCAAUUGCGGACCUAAAUGCGAUUCCGCUAGAUGCGUGGGCUCUAGGUUGUAAAUCCGGCGCUGCAGUAAGUCAACUGCACGCGCAUAUGGACCUAUGCGAUGGAGAGCACUGCAACGUAGCUAAGCCCAAAUUCAUGAAAAGAGCCGAGGCAAUGACAUUAGAGAUUGGUCGUGAGUCUGCAGAAGAGGACUUCAAGAAGAUGUCAAAACGCAAGGCCCUCGAAGAAGUUCCGAGCGGUUCUUCUCCACCGACCCCCAAGAGGCGUUUUUUGUCUCGCUCGCCUGUAAUCGCCAAUCUAAUCAUACCGGCACUUGGGACAGCGGAUUCAACGACCCAGUCUCCGUAUUGGCCCUUCCCGAACGAGCUUGUCUUGAUCAUUUUGGAAAAGUUGCCAGCUCGGGAUCUGCGGUCUAUUGCACAGGUGUCUUCUCUCUCUCGGGAGCUAGCGGCACUCUCUACUUUCGUUAUGCGCACAACCUUUUUUCAUACGCCGAAGUAUUUGCGAUGCAAUCUCCUUGACGCAGAUGAUCGUCACCUCGAGGCGCUCCUGGGUUUCUUGGAGUCAUUUGAAAGCACGCAAGUGUUCUUUGUCUCUAUCGUGAAAGAUGGUGAAAUGCUUGGAGAUUUUGCGCCUCUGUUUCAGUCCAUACAAGACUCAAGCUGCAGGAGUCUUCGGUUCUCAGAUCGGGAGGCGUCUUACCAUGCGUAUCCUCCGCCGAUUCUUCCUGACUUGGCUGCUGUUCCAACCCCCUUCAACAGAUGUAAUUUUCAAACAUUCCACACAAACUCGCCUAUAUUUUUCUCCCGAUCCAUGGUUUCCCUCACCCUCUCAUCGUUGCGGAACUCUUCGUUGACCGACCUCAGCAUCACACAUACUUCAUUGAGUGCCCUUCAGUGGACAGCGCUGAUGCGCGACCUUCAUCUCCCGCAGCUUAUAUUCUUGUCUAUUGACAUCGAGUGUCCAACUCUUGCUCUCGUCGAGUUCUUGCCGCGACAUGAAAUUCGCCAGCUUUGGCUUUAUGGUCGAUGCAUUUAUCAUCAUCAUCAUCUUAUGCAGAAAACAGAUGCCCCUCUUAUUCCUUUACAUAGCUUACGCGUUCUCGCUGGACCUCUGUGGUACCUCGUGUCUCUAUUAAGCAAAGUUCGCGCGCCUCUACACAUUCAAACACUCGAAUUGCACCUCGACGAGGAAUCUCUGGCAUCCGCUCCCAAUUACUUGUCUGCGAUCCUGGACAUUACUCAACAAUUCGUUGCUAUAGAUUGCCUGGGACUGAGCUUUUAUCACGGAUCGCUGAUUUCUAGAAGUUUUGACGUCCCAUUGGACGAGUAUCGAACUAUUCCUGUGAAGAAGCUCACUAUUUAUCUACCACAUUGGUACAAAUAUUCAGAUCAACACCCCUUGGCGAGUGUCACAUACAAAGCUACAUCGAGGGCUAAACUAAUUCCUUGGCUAGGAGUCUUCGACCAUGUCGAAGAAGUUCAUCUCAAGCCUGGAAACAUAACAUCAUCUGAGCGGCAGGAACUGGAGGACGCUUUUUACCGCCCAGAGCAUCCCUACCAUUUGGAUAUCGGCAGUUAUUUCUGA